GACUCGACAUUGCCACAAACAAGAUAACCAAAGAAGAGGCAGAAGGGAUUCCUCAUCACAUGAUGAGUUUUGUUGACGCUGCUACAGCAAGGUACAACAUUCAUCAGUUCCGUGCAGAAGGAUCUGAAAAUGACUCUGAUGGUAGUGAAGGUCUUAGUGAGCUGUCAAAUGCUGAACUACAUCAAAGGUUGGUUGAGGUGGAUCCAGAUUCGGCACGCCUUGUCCAUCCAAAUAAUCGUGCACGAGUUUUACGGGCUAUUCAG